AUGCUGCUCGCGAACAUCGAGCUGUCCCCCAUCGACAAACAUCGCUUCAUGAAUGCCGUCUACGCCGUCGGGGAUUCGAUCGACUCGUUCUGGUCACUGCUGCACAAGAUUUACGUGUGGCGCCGCCUCCACGCCAUGGGUAUCGACCGCUCCGGGCCGCGCGGCGAGACACGCAGCUGCCAUCAGGAUGAUGGUGGACGAGGUGGCGAGCGUGUCAUCAGCGCGGUCGAGCUGGACGACCAGAACGAGGAGGAGGAAGGGGAGUCGGAACAUCCUCAUGACCGGGCUCGUGUGAUCGCCACGGUGCUGACCGGUUUUGAGGGGAUUAGCGGUGCUUACAUCGAGACUGAGCUUCGCUAUACCGUGGUGAUGAACCGGCUUGGAAACAUUGGUCAGGCCGGUCAAGAGACGAACGAGUUUCUCCGUACGUUGCUGGCCAUCUUCAUCUACGUCUUUGGUGUCGCCGCAGCGCUCAACGAAUCCAUCGGCGGCGCCAACACGUCCAAUCCGGGAGGGCGCAUCUGCUCGGCCGUGUUCCUCAUGUGGUUCGUCCCCUCUAAUGCUAAAGCGGGGCUGGAGGAGGAGGAAGCGGACUACCAGACCACCUGCGAGGGAGGAACCGAUAUGACGUUCGUGUCAAUCCGGAUAGGGACCACUCGCCUGCCGCCGUCCCGUCUCAUGACUGUCCUUCAAGCCCUCCCCUCCAUCGAACAACCACACCUACCGACAGUCACCUUCCAGCUCUUACAGCGCUGCGCGAGGCACGGCGUACCGGACGCAGCGGAGCCAUGCGACGACUCCUUGCCUCGGCAUGGCAAUCCAUUUUUCCACCAGGCAACAUGGAUCCAGCGGCGCCGAUGCUACGUCCUCCUCCUAAAAGACGGCAUCGUGGGGCUAGGUAGGCUCGCGGCCGUGUUCCUGUCGACGUCGGGCGUCUUUAACGACUGUUUCUGCUGGUCCGCAUACAUGUGGCAUCGCUGGCUUCCCGGGAACUGGGGCCGCGAGGCGUUUUAUGACGAGGAUGAGUUUGCGGCUGAGAGGACGGUGCACCGCCGGCGCCGCGGUACUUUUGCGAGCCCCAUGAGCCAGCGAGGGGACAGCACAGCGGGGCGGCAGGCGGGAGGGACUGCGCCGUCUCCUGGCAGGCCACGAAACGGCAGUGUUCUCGCGCGGAAUCCACAGGAGGACUCCAACAAUACGGUUAGAAGAUGGAGAUAA